GGACGGGUAAUUUUCCGAUGACAUCCCUAUUUAUUAAAGCCUCGGUAAAUAUCUACUAGGGGUUUCUUUAUUUAACUAGACUCUUUGGUAGUACUUCAUAGAGCAUGAUAUAACUUUCUGUCUAUUGUUGAUUUUUGUUUUCGAAGAUUGUUUUUUGAGAAUCUAUGUGGCGUUACUGUUUCACGAAGGAAUAGGGAAGAGAUAUGGAGGAAAAUGGUCAAUCGCCUCCCCUUCCACCUCCUCCUCCUCCUCCUCCUCCUCCACCCCCUCCACCGGACCCGCCCUCUCCACCUCUAUUGGAUGCGGACAAACAGAGAAUCAGAGGGCUGCUUAGCUCUUGCUUCGCAGAUGGCCUGCUACCGAAUCACCUGGCCCCUCCGUCCAAUCCGAACAAAGUGGAAAUCGGCGCUGACUUUGUCAGAGUUCCGAUUGACCCAGAAGUUUUGAGAGUCCAAGUGGAAUGGCUGAAACAACAUGCUAUCACUGUCUUGUUCGGGGGCGAAUCUACUGCUUUACCAAUCGACGUGAAAAAGCGCUUGAUUCGCAUGUAUGAGGACGGAUGGGCUAACAGUAGAUCCAUCAAUGUGCCUCCUAGGAGAGGCUUAUUUCAUAAUGAAUGUAGAAAUCUGAUUACGUAUGUCUCUGCAUCAAGUCAGAUAGCUACGUUCAUGCUUAGAAAGGGAAAGGAAUCAAUUGUGUUAGAUGGGAAAAGUUUUGAAGUCACAUUCCAGCCAUGGAUGAACGAUAACCAGCUACACGAUUGGAGGGAAGCGAUGCGAUUUCAAUUCUUUUGGAUUAGAUGCUUGCAGGUUCCGGUUUCGGCACUCCUAGUGUUGGAGGAAGCUGUCAUAGCGGCCUUUGGCCCUAUCCUUAAAACUCAUCCAACAUUUAAAGAACCAUGCUCGCCGGAAUUGUUGAAUGUUAGGUUCAAUCUGGUCACCUCGGCAAGGCUGAGAUACAAACCAUAUCUAACUAUUGAUCUUGCCGAGUUCGGGUACGUGGAUAUUGAAGUCGCUUGUGCCGAAACUCCUUGGUGCUUCAAGUGCAAAAGCUUUUUUCAUUCGGCCGAGGACCCAGAUUGCCCUAAGAAUUUUAAGAAAAGCGGGGAGCCGUGGAAGACGAAAGGCAAGCAGCCAAUGGAGGAAGAAGACUCCAAUCAGGCUCCCAAAGCCCGUAGGAAGGGUGGAGGGAAAAAGAAGCAGAAAGAGAGCAAGGCGGACGACCCUCCUCAAAAGGGUCAAAAGCAACCGCUCAACCAGCAGGAUGUGCCUUCCUCAUCGGGUAUGAAUGGACAAUUGGUAGUAUGGAAGGGAGGGCACAAAAAGACAUAUGUUCCAAAGGCCCCGAAUGGGGCCGAUCACCCAGUCCCAGGAAAGGACCUAAAUCCUCGAGACCCAGUGAAGGAUACCCCCCGACCAACAGGACGCCCCGAAGGGGGGGAAGAGCGAAACAAUGGUCAAAACGAGGGAAGAACAGGGGAUAAUCAGGCGGAAAAAAAACAGGGAGAUACUUUCUUGAAAGACGCAAUCAAUGAAGGUGAAGGGGAAGAGAGUGGGAGAGAGAAAGAGGGGGGGAAGCAAGGGAAGGAGGUUGAAUUGGAGGAUGAGAUGGAGAUAGAGAAGGAGGAAGAAGAAAUGGCGGAAGAAGAAGAUGGUUUGAUACGGAGAAAGAAAGGAUCAGUCCCGGGUCAAGAGAUCAGCGGGGGAAAUCUACAGGCCGGAUCUGAGGAACCGAAACCGGAUGCAGAUCCGGGAGAAGUGAAACCAGAUCAACAACCAGACCAUCAACCAGAACCGGAACAUGAAAUAUAUGGGAGGGAUAUUAGGCCGAAAGACAUCUCCCACCCCAUAACCCCUAGAAUGUUUGUUUUUAAUUCUGAUGAGCUAGAGGGGUCCCCGGGGAAAGUCCAGCAGCAGGAGAAAGAGCAAGUCGACGAAUGGGACAAGGGGCUAGUAGGGGUGUCCGAUGGGGAGAAAGAGGACAUCGAGCUGGACUCGGAGAAAGAUAUUUUGGGAAUUGUUGGGCACGAGCUGGGAACGGCAGGGGGAACAGAAGGAACUCCUGUGUCUCAGGGGAUCCUAGUUGAUGAGUCGUCCCACCCCAACUCCCCCCCACUCAGUCGUAGGGCUUCUCUGAGCAGUUUUAAAGUUCAUGACAACAAUGCCUUUGACCAGGAAAACUGCGCUCUCGGGGCUGCGAAAGACAGACUAAAUGACACUACGGCAAUUCGUGAUCUAAAAGCCAAGUCAAGCCAGGGGAGGCUACAAAGAGACAGCAGGAGAUUUCAGUCGAGUUUGAGGGGCGAAUCCCCGGUAAAGAGAUCCAGGAUUAACACAGAGGGAGGGGAUAGAUUCACCUUCGGAGAACACGAUGUUAUUAACGAAGAGAGCCCCCCCAUGGACCUAACGAAAUCUCGCAAACGCCCUCUGCAUCAUCAUACAUUGGGUGGACAGUUGUCGUUUGCAGGCCCCAUGAAAACUGUCACAAAAAGUGACAAACUCAAGGGGCCUGCAAAGAGCUUCUUCGUCCCUUUAAUCUGUCCGGACACCCAAUUGGGCUCAAUGAUACUGACUAAAAUAAAGCCCGACGAGGGGUUAGAGUUACCAUCCAUACAAGUUAAAGCUCCUCCGGCCGAGGAAGAAGUGUUGGAACUGACAAAGAGGCACACUCUAAACCACACCGCAUCCGUGUCCAUUCUGCCGACUAUGAGAGUGAGCCGCCAUCUGUCACUGAAGGAGGAAAAGCUGCCUGUCAUUUUCUACCUGGUUUUUCUGGGUAUUAAAACCAUAAAUGAGUCCUUCGAAAAAUGGAGUGAUCUGAGAGUUCAUUGGACGCCGCUCCAAGACUUCCUAACGGGGAACAAGGACUCGAUCGCUGCAUUACAGUUGCCGGAAGGUAAAUCGGGGUUGGUGAUUGCAGAUUGGAUCAAACACGUCGGGAUGACCACCCACCUGACUAGGGAGCAAGUCUCACAGAUGCUGUUUGCGGUUAAAAACCUGGGGGUAAAAAUGAUGCCGAUCAAGGACCCAGAGCCCAAACAGCAGCAGGACACAGUCAAGACAGGCCAUAUCCAAAGCGAUGGCGGAUUGAGACCUGAUGGUCCUCCCGCCUAAAAUUCUCUUGGCCUCAUGGAACACUCGCGGUUUAGGUGACACCACGAAUAGAUCGAAGCGUUCCCGUCUCCGUUCGUGGGUUUACAAAACAAAUAUUCAGAUCCUCG